ACGCGGUUGCUUUACUUAUUUAAUCAUAAUUCUCAGGACUUAAACACUCAUUUCUAAUUUUGGUUGAGAUAUGGCGAAGGAGAGCAGUGUGAAAGAUUUCAUAAUAAGCAGUAUCAAAUCCCCUUCUUCCAUCCAUACAACACCAGCUUGGACUGGGUCACCACAAAUAGCUAAAACAAGUGCACUGCAGAGAAGUACGAGCGAGAUAGAUUUGGGAUGGUCAAGGGAAGAGCACGCAGCUAUCAAAAUCCAAGCAGCUUAUCGAGGCUAUCUGGCAAAGCAAGCAUUCAGUGUGCUGAAAGCGUUGGUGAAAUUACAGGCUGUGUUUCGUGGGUAUUUGGUGAGAAGGCAGGUGCAUUUAGCUUUGCAUCGAAUGGAGACCCUCAUGAGUUUACAGGCGCGCCUCCGUUCAAAACAGUUAUUCAUAAACAAUAAUCAGUAAUGUUAGAGUAGACACAUCGUAUGAACUUUUCUAUAAUAAUCUCAUAAUUACUUUUUAUGCAGCACUGAUACGAUCUGUUUGGAUUGAAUUACCCUCUGUGUGAUGAUGUUUCACCAUCUUAUGGUACUGUUGCUUGUGCUUCGGAUUUAUAUUGGUUUGAUGAAAGGUUAUUGCCAUGGGUUUUGUGAGAAAUGUUUUGAAAAAUUCAUCUUUGUAAAAAUAGAAAUGAUUUGUUAUUUUUGGCGA